UAUCAAAACACCUCUUCUCUCCAAUCACUCUACUUAGAGGAUAUAUUGCCAAGAAUUGUUCUGUCGUCUCGGCUCUUCAUCUUUCUUCAAGAAGUAAUAUUAUAAGCUAAUCUUUCACGGAGAAACUUCACUUACACAUGACCACACACCGCAUCGCAACCCUAACUCAUCUUAAAGACUCAAUUCCUCAGCAGCUAUGUCCCUCUCACUGAAAGGGGAUUCGAGCAAUGGAGCCGCAACCGAGAGUACACCUCUCCUUGGCUCCUCGGCUGAUGACCCCCCAAUCUCCAUCAAUGAAGGCGAGAUCAUAUCCCAUGGGAAAGCGGAUGACGACGAAGACAACCCGAAACCCUCCAAUCAUGAAGAAGACAAACCCUUACCCAAGUUACAAAUCUUCCUGCUUUGUUAUGCACGAAUGAUUGAACCCAUUGCCUUCUUUGGCAUCUUUCCGUUCAUCAACGAGAUGAUAUGGCGGACGGGAGAUCUCGACAAAGCAGAUGUGGGGUUCUACAGUGGAUUGAUUGAAUCCUUAUUCUCAUUGACUCAGAUGCUGUUGAUGAUAUCAUGGGGUCGAGCCGCUGACCGAAUUGGGAGAAAACCAGUUCUGGUCUUCUCUCUUGCUGGCGUUUCCAUUGCGACAGCUACUUUCGGCUUGAGUAGAGCCAUUUGGCAGAUGGUUCUAUUUAGAUGCUGUGCUGGCGUGUUUGCUGGGACAAUCGUAACGAUCAGAACCAUGCUCUCAGAACACAGCACGCCAAAGACUCAAGCACGAGCAUUCAGCUUCUUUGCCUUCGCUGGGAAUGUUGGAAUCUUCCUCGGCCCUUUGAUUGGUGGUGGUCUAGCAGAUCCAUCGAAUCAAAUUGGAGGAUUCUUCAAGAACAUCCAAUUUGUUCGAGACUAUCCAUACGCCCUAUCAACAUUCGCUACCGGUAUAAUCGGUGCCAGCGCCGCCAUCGCUUGUGCUCUGUUCAUCAAAGAGACCCUCGAGAAAAAAGUCAAAGGCGAUAAUACCACUUCAUCCCCAACCCCAAUGACAACCUGGGAACUCCUCAAAACACCAGGAGUCGGUGUAGUCCUCACCCUCUACGGCCACGUCAUGCUCCUCGGGCUCGCCUACACAGCCGUCUGCCCCGUAUUCUGGUUCACGCCACCGCACCUUGGCGGCUACGGCUUCACACCCCUCCAAAUCUCCAUGUUCCUCGGUGGAAUCGGGAUCUCGCAAGCCAUCUGGCUACUCCUCGCCUUUCCCCCUCUUCAACGCAGAUUCGGCACCGGCAUGAUUCUCCGGGGAUGCUACAUCGCGUGGCCGAUAUUCUUCGUUGCUGCGCCGGUUUGCAAUCUGUUCUUGAGGUGGGGCGGGAAGUGGGAGAUUGCGUUCUGGAUCGUGGCGCCGACGUUGCAGAUUGGUGGGAGUGGGGUUUCGAUGGCUUUUACCGGUGUCCAACUCGCUCUUAACGAUAUAGCACCUAACCACAAAACGCUCGGCACUCUCAAUGCCAUUGCUCUGACGUUGGUAUCUGGAAUCCGCACUGUUGGGCCGGCAUUCUUCACUAGUAUCUUUGCUGCGGGAGCUAAGACCCAAUUCAUGAAUGGGUAUUUGAUUUGGGUUGUGUUAGUGCUCAUUGCGCUGCCUGGAACGCUUGGGAUUAGAUGGUUGCCGAAGAAAGCAGAGGGGAGGAUUGUUCAAGAAGAAUAGACGUCAAGUUCUGGGCUGAAGGGUGUACGUGCAUGACAUACUAGAGAAAGAUGAAGGGUGCGUUUGAAAUGGUGGCUUUCGUCUGAUAACAAUAUGCGAGAGCGAUGCUUUUAGGCAUAUUUAGGCGCUGGUUUGCUUACUCGUGAGUUUGAUAGACAAGAGCUAAAGAGUUUAUGUAAGUUACAACAGUCUUAAUUCCUACAUCUUGAAACUCC